UUGGUCACCAACUUCAAAAAAACGAUUCUUCCUCCUUUUGGCUUAGAUUCUCUUCUCUUGGUUCCCAAUUUUCCAAUCUGUAUAUUCUUCAUUAAAAAAAAUUCACCCUUUUUUCUGAAUUAUUUGCUUCUUUUGAAGUAGAACGUUUGAUUCUGACCCCAACUAUUGAAUUUUCUCAACUGGGUCUUGUUGAAUUUCUGUUGGGGUUGUGAAUUCUACUUUUCUGAGUUGAAAAGUUUGUUCCUUUUCAUUUUCUGGAUUUGGGUCUGAAUUAUCACUUUUCAGGGUUUGUUUGGUUGCUUUGAAAUUUUCAAGGGUUGAAAAGUGAAAAAGUGAAAAUGACAAUUGGAAGUCUUGCACCUAAGACAGAGAAGAAGAAAUCAUCGAGAUCAUCAAGGAAGAACAAGGCUGUUGUGAGUGAAAAUGCACCUUUGUUGCCUAAAAGUCAGGAAAGUGAUUCAGGGUUUGAUGAUUUCAAUGGAGCUUCAUUUUCCGGUGCCGUUUUCAACUUGGCGACUACGAUUAUUGGUGCUGGAAUCAUGGCUUUGCCUGCAACUUUGAAACAGUUGGGGUUGAUUCCUGGUCUUUGUGCUAUCCUUUUAAUGGCUUUUUUGACUGAGAAGUCAAUUGAGCUUUUGAUUAGGUUUACAAGGGCAGGGAAAGCUGUUUCAUAUGCUGGUUUGAUGGGUGAUUCCUUUGGGAAAUAUGGAAAAGCUAUGGCACAGAUCUGUGUUAUUGUCAAUAACAUUGGUGUGCUGAUUGUUUACAUGAUUAUCAUUGGUGAUGUGCUUUCUGGAACUUCUUCAAGUGGAGAACAUCACUAUGGUAUUCUUGAAGGAUGGUUUGGUGUGCACUGGUGGACUGGGAGGACAUUUGUUGUUCUGCUUACAACGGUUGCUAUAUUUACACCCCUCGCAAGCUUUAAGCGAAUUGAUUCGUUGAGAUUCACAUCCGCCCUUUCCGUUGCCCUGGCGGUUGUUUUUCUUGUCAUUGCUGUGGGAAUUUCUAUUGUCAAAAUUAUAAGUGGAGGCAUUACCAUGCCGAGACUCUUCCCAGCUGUUACCGAUGCAACAUCAAUUGUUAACCUAUUCACUGUGGUUCCUGUGUUUGUGACUGCCUAUAUCUGUCACUACAAUGUUCACAGCAUAGAUAAUGAACUCGAGGACAACUCACAGAUGCAAGGCGUUGUACGUACAGCCCUCGGUCUAUGCUCAUCCGUGUAUUUAAUGAUAAGCUUCUUUGGGUUCCUCCUAUUUGGUGAAGGAACUCUUGAUGACGUACUUGCCAAUUUCGAUGCUGAUCUUGGAAUUCCUUUUGGUUCUUUGCUCAACGAUGCUGUUCGUAUUAGCUAUGCUGCACACCUCAUGCUUGUAUUUCCAGUUGUGUUUUUCCCAUUGCGACUCAAUAUAGAUGGUCUUCUCUUCCCUAAAUCAAGACCUUUGGUUCUGGAUAACUUCAGAUUUGCAUCAAUGACUGUUUCCCUUAUUGGUGUUAUCUUCUUGGGAGCAAAUUUCAUACCUAGCAUUUGGGAUGCUUUCCAGUUCACUGGAGCAACCGCCGCGGUCUGUAUAGGAUUCAUCUUUCCAGCUGCCAUCACUCUUAAGGAUCGCUACAACAUUGCGACUAAAUCUGACAAGAUUUUAUGCGUUGUUAUGAUAGUCCUAGCAGUCUUCUCAAACGUUGUCGCUAUAUAUAGUGACGCCUAUGCCUUGAUCAAGCAGAACAAAACUUCACGCGAAUGAUGGUCACGGUUCUUGAACAAAGGAACUGAAUUGGUUGGGGUUAAAUUGGUCGGUCAGAAAAUCAGGGUUUUCUGAGAGGGUCUCAUGAGUCGUCAAUUUUGAAUAAACAUAGAAGCAACCCUGUGUACAAAAUUGCUUCAAAAAUUGUUGAGGCAUGCAACGUGUAUUCAGCCUCGUUUGUAAUUUGCGAAUUCUGUUUUAGUUGUUAUAUGGUUUUUGUCGAGUAAUACUCUCUUUCCCUGAUUUGUUCCUAAAAGAUGUAAUAUAAUUUUUGUUGGCAUUUGUAUGUAUUUUAUUGAGUGAAGGAAUGAACUAUGUAAGAAUCUUAUAGUUCUUGAAUUGGACAAGAGUUAGUUACUAUAGUUCCCCCACCCUCCUUUCUAUUUUUGAAA